CUUUCUCAAUAGAGAGAGAGAGAGAGAAGCCAUUCACAAGCUUAAUUCAGAGAGCUGUUAAGUGUUAAUCAGCGCUUUCAUCGGCGGAGUAUAAAAUAUUCGAAUUAUUCUGAAUUUCAUAUUUCAUCUUCUAGAUCUUGAAAGAUCAGAGCCCCGGAGUUGUUCUGUUGAGAACCACAAAGCUCCAGGAUCGCCGAUUUACGGCUCAGCUACUGAAGAUUGUUAAUGCAAGCUGUUGACAAUGGCAAUAAAACCAAAUUCUGGGGAUGGUAGGACCAGGAGUUCCUUCUACAUUUUUAUUGUCGCUGGUUUGUGUUGCUUUUUCUACAUAUUGGGAACAUGGCAAAGAAGUGGAUUCGGGAAAGGAGAUAGCAUUGCCCUACAGAUGACCAAGAGUGGAGCAGAGUGCGAUAUCAUGUCGAAUUUGAAUUUUGAGACCCAUCAUGAGAGCGAUGCUAGGUUGGAUGAUUCCAAAAGAAAAACUAAAAAUUUCAAACCUUGUGAUGCUCGCUACACUGAUUACACACCCUGCCAAGAUCAAAGGCGAGCUAUGACAUUUCCAAGGGAUAACAUGAUAUAUCGAGAACGUCACUGUCCCCAACAAGAACACGAGAAGUUACGUUGCCUAAUUCCAGCACCCAAGGGAUACGUGACCCCAUUUCCAUGGCCAAAGAGUCGAGACUAUGUUCCCUUUGCCAAUGCACCGUAUAAGAGUUUAACGGUGGAGAAGGCUAUCCAGAACUGGAUUCAAUAUGAAGGGAAUGUAUUUAGGUUCCCUGGUGGAGGGACACAGUUUCCUCAAGGAGCAGAUACAUACAUUGAUCAGCUUGCAGCUGUAAUACCAAUUGAAAACGGCCUUGUAAGAACUGCUCUGGACACUGGCUGUGGGGUUGCAAGUUGGGGAGCCUAUCUCUGGAAGCGAAAUGUUAUAGCCAUGUCAUUUGCGCCAAGAGACUCACAUGAAGCACAAGUACAAUUUGCUCUUGAAAGAGGAGUACCAGCUGUUAUUGGUGUUCUUGGAUCUAUAAAAAUGCCUUAUCCAUCAGCAGCCUUUGAUAUGGCUCACUGUUCUCGCUGCUUAAUUCCUUGGGGAGCAAACGCUGGCAUUUACAUGAUGGAAGUUGAUAGAGUACUUAGACCAGGUGGAUACUGGGUUCUUUCUGGUCCUCCAAUUAAUUGGAAGAAUAACUAUCAGGCAUGGCAACGCCCAAAGGAAGAGCUUGAGGAGGAGCAAAGGAGUAUCGAGGAGGUUGCUAAACUUCUCUGCUGGGAAAAGAUGUCUGAAAAGGCUGAAACUGCUGUUUGGCAGAAAAGAUUAGAUUCUGAAUCAUGUCGCCAAUCCCGAGAAAGUUCUGAAGUUAGAUUCUGUGAAAACGCUGAUGCAAAUGACGUCUGGUACAAGAAAAUGGAACCAUGCAUUACCCCAUCACCAACUUCUAUGGACACCACUGUACCAUAUCCAGACAGACUUUAUGCUGUUCCUCCUAGAAUUGCCAAUGGAAGAGUGGAUGGGGUCUCUGUUGAGGCAUUUGAGGAGAAUAAUAAGGCAUGGAAAAGACAUGUAAAUGCUUAUAAGAGAAUUAUCAAAAUCAUUGAUUCAGGAAGAUAUCGCAACAUUAUGGAUAUGAAUGCUGAUUUGGGAGGUUUUGCGGCAGCACUAGAUUCUUCCAAAUUGUGGGUUAUGAAUGUUGUGCCUACCAUUGCUAAUAAGAAUACUCUUGGAGCCAUUUUCGAACGUGGACUCAUUGGCAUAUAUCAUGACUGGUGUGAAGGUUUCUCCACCUAUCCAAGGACAUAUGAUCUUAUACAUGCCAAUGGUCUUUUCAGUUUAUACAAGGAGAAAUGUAAUUUGGAAGACAUUCUUUUGGAGAUGGAUAGAAUCUUGCGACCAGAAGGUGCAGUGAUAAUCAGAGACGAAGUUGAUGUACUGGUGAAGGUAAAAGGAAUUAUAGGAGGCAUGAGAUGGGAUGCGAAAUUGAUGGAUCAUGAAGAUGGACCCCUCGUUUCAGAGAAGAUAUUAGUUGCGGUAAAGAAGUACUGGGUUGUUGGCGAUAACAACUCAACAUCUAGACUUUGAUCGAAAAAUAUGGGAUAGAUGUUUGGCCUUUUAUCCAUAGGAAAUGUCUUGUACCUUUCCAACAUCAUUUUUUUGGCCAGUGGUGGUGGUGGUGAGAAAUGUAAAAGCUUUAGUUUGGUCCAUACAUCAUCAUCACCCACCACUUUUAAGUGAGUUUGCAAACUAUAAAUGUUGCUGUUACUGUAAGUUUAGUUUUAUUUAUAUCUGAAUUAUUUUCCCACUUUUAAAGAUCUUCAUUGCUUAUGAUA